GUAGACCCUGCCGAGCCGGUCGAGGUAGCUGUCGACUCAGGUGCUGAGUCUGGGGGUGCUGAGUCUGGGCAUGCUGAGCCUAGGGGUGCUGAGCUUGGGCGUGUGGCGACUGAGGGUGCUGUGUCUGGAGGUACUGAGCCUGCGCGUGCUGCGUCCGGAGCUUCUGGAGGUGCUGCUGGUGCUGGUGCUGCUGGUGGUGCUACUGGUGCUGGGGGUGCUGCUGGUGCUUCUGGUGGUGCUGCUAGAGCUGGAGGUACUGCUGGAGGUGCUGCUGGUGCUGGAGGUGCUGCUGGAGGUGCUGCUGGUGCUGGCGGUGCUGCUGGAGCUUCUGGAGGUGCUGCUGGUGCUGGUGCUGCUGGAGGUGCUGCUGGUGCUGGUGCUGCUGGAGGUGCUGCUGGUGCUGCUGGAGGUGCUGCUGGUGCUGGAGGGUGA